CCCUGCCGCCGCCGACGAGGAUUUCCGGAACAGGCUCCGCACGCGACUGAUCCCCGUGGCGGGGGUGCCGGUUGAGGUUCCUGGGCUGGAGGGCUGGUAGCGGCGCACGAAGUCGGUGCGGAAGUCUGAGCCUUGGUAGGUGGGGGAGGAGAUUUUGGGGGCGCGGGCGUCGGCGCGGCGGCGGCGGGCGCCGAGGAGGCAGAAGGUUGUUAGGGAGAGGAGGAUGCCGGCUAGGAUGCCGGGGAGGAGGCCGGUGAUGAUGGCGGUUGUGGGGAAGCGGGGGCAGGUUGCUGGGAUGGAGGUGGGGUUGACGUUGAGGGGGGAGAUGGUCGUGGAGGUUUCUCUGGCGGAGGUCGAGUCUGUUGGGAGCGUGGAGGUGGAGGAUGGCGAUGUAGAUGAUGCUGGGGGGGAGGUGGGGGGGGGGAUGAUGGGGGGAGGAGCUUCUGGUCUAAGCUCUGGACACAGAUCGCUGUUUUGCCAGUGCCGGAGCAGGAGAAGCCGAAGGGGCAGCAGCGGUCGCCGCAUUCGGGCAGAGUACCGCUUAGAUCCGUGGUCUUGACGGUUGAUUCGGGGUGGAGGGCUGCGUUUUGGUAUGGGGUGCCGCAGAGGAUCGGGUUGAUGGCGGUGCAAUCUGAGCCGGUAGGGCAGCAGAGGAGUGUGGUAUUCGAGGCGAGAGUUACGCAGCUUGAGCUGCUGGGACAGCAGAAGUUGGAGGGGAAACCGGAGCCGGCGCAGAAGUCGAAGUUGGAGGGGCAUGCUGCUGAGGUUGUGGUGAUGAGGAGGGUGAGGGUGGCUAAGAGUGCCAGGCCCAGACCCAGAGGGCUGAGGUUUUGUUUCCGCAUAGCGGUGAUGGGUUUCUGUUGUUCGAAUAUAUGCAGGUUCGUCUUCCAAGCCCUGAAAAGUAGUGUAUAAGGUAGAAGCCUACCCAAGCUUAUAGUGGUCCUUUCGUCUGAAGUGAUUUCACCUAUUUAUCGCCAUGUAUUCUUCACCUCCCAAAACCCAAAGCUCGUCGUAUAUUCUUCACCGUCCCUUGCGUCCAGAAAUAAUAGAGAAGGCGAGAACAGACCAGAGGGAGAGCGUGAGUGAAACAAGAAAGAAAUCCAAGGAAACAAAGGAACCACCAUCCGACUCCCCUCCACCCACCGCCACCACCCGACUCCCCUCACUCCCACCAUCCCCUUCCCAGAAACCACAAAGACAGCCCC